CGGAAGAUGGAAUCCAAAUUACACGGUAAACUCUACCGCCCACGCAAUGACGCCCUUGCGGGAAGAGGUGACAAACUCAACGCCUUCUCUCAAAAAAGUUUCUACAACAUCCAGCUCUUCAAGCGAAGGCGAUCAUUCCGUUCUCGAUAAGAAUGGGUACAAAGUUCUUCUUGGAAAAGAACGUUGGGGAUUAACAAUCGAACCCUUUACAGAACAAGAAACAUUCGAUGAAGGCAGACCAAGAUCGGCACGAAUUCCUUACUUGGAAGGAUUACGUGGGAUUAUUGCUUUGCAGACUUUGCUCUGGUUAUUCUUCCGCACUUUUGCUCCCGCAAUUGUCACUGAUAUAGAUUUAGACGGCACACAACCUGCCGUUUUCGUUCAAUCUGCCCCUGGCUGGCAAAAUACCCUGCGAAAAGCUCUCACUCCCCUUUUGUGUGAUGGCUCAACGCAAGCGGCAAUGUACAUCAUCUUGAUCGGCAGAACUGCUCUACAAACUUUCAUCGAGCGACGCCAAGCAGUUGCUUUGGCCGGAGCAUGUUUCCGUCGUCCCAUCAGAAUCUUGGUUCCCGUUGCACUAAGCUUGGCAUUGAUCAGUGUGCUCACUGCAACAAACGGCUUCAAGUAUGCCAGUGUAUUGGCAUCUGAUCUCAACAACCAAGCUGCUCAACCACCAGCCGUUUGGGAAAACGCUUUGGAGUAUUUUAACUCCCUGCUCUCCCUGUUAUAUCAACCAUACGCCAAUCGGGAUACACGCGCUGUCAAUUUUAUCCCUCUCGGCAGAAUUGCAUGGUUCGUUGAUGUUGCGUUUCAACAAGUUUUUGUCGUGGUCGUUUUUGCUUUCGUUCUUCCAUUCACGAUUUUCAAAUAUAAAGUGAUCGGGUUUGCUUCUAUGAUUGUUCUUUCUGCUUGGAUCGGCAGAUGGUCUUGGUAUACCGUGACAGGUUUGGUCUUGGCCGAGUUUGCGGUUGUAUACCGAUCGAUGAUGCCGGAUAAAUCUUCCACUGCGAUGGCCAAAAGAGGUCAGCGUAGGGUCUCCUUGACACCACCAAAGUUCAACACAUUCCAAAGUGCAAUGACAAAAAUUGUUCCAUUAGCAAUGAUCUUCAUCGGUGUUCUCUUCAAGUAUGUCUGGGCUGCAGCCGCUCCCCAGUACCAGAACAAGGAGUUACUCGCUCACGCAAAUGUCAACACGGGAAUGCUCUCCACAAACUUUGAUCCCGUAGAAAGAGCUUACCCGAGAUACGAUGAUUGGUUCCUGUGCACUGGGCUUCUCCUCUUAAUCGAGUUGAGUGAUAAUGCACAGAACGUUCUUUCUUCGGGAUUGUUUGUUUAUUUGGGCCGAUUAGGUUUCUCUAUCGCUUUAAUCUCGGGAACGGUUAUGAUCAGUUUGGGUGGCUUGCUGCAUAACCAUCUCGUCAACACGUUGCAUGUCACCAAUCCUUCUCUCAUUCUUUGGGUUGAAUUCCUGGCCAUGGUCCCUUGUUGUUUGCUUUGCGCUGAUACUUGGUCCAGACUUGUGGAUGAUGCCGGUCUCAAACUUAGUCAUUGGUUCUUCCAUUUCGUACGCAACUAGGUGCUGUACGUAUAUACUUAUACACUUUCUUUUCUUCUCUAUAAAAUAGAUAUAUCCUCCAGAUUAUCCAUGUGAAAAAUGUUUGCGAAC